GAAACCAAGUGUGAGGGGAAGACAGAGAGUCGCGCGCGCAGGGGUCGCGCGCUCCACCCGCAGGCACGCUCCCCGAGGCCAGCGGCCACCCCUCCCAUGGCGGCGCAAUAUGGCCCGGCCCGGGGCGAGGGGGCGGGGACCCGGCCUUGAAGAGCCGGCCUUUGAGCUAAAGGCGGGAAAUGGCGGAUUCCUCGGGACGCGGAGCUGGGAAACCUUCCAUGGGGGGUCCCGGUACUCCUGGUGGCGCUAAGAUGAAAGGAAGAAGAACACAAGGUGGAAGAGUGGUUGAGUCCCGAUACUUGCAGUACGAGAAGAAAACCACCAAAAAGGCUUCUGCAGCAGAUGCAUUAAAGACCAGUGGGAAGAUGCCGGAAGGGGGAAGGAAACUCCAACUGCUCCAGAAGAGCAAAGACAGCAGUGGAAUCGGGAAGGGUGACCUGCAGUCCACGUUGCUGGAAGGGCAUGGCACCGCCCCGCCGGACCUGGACCUCUCAGCCAUCAAUGACAAAAGUAUGGUUAGAAAGACUCCGCAAUUAGAAAAAACGAUGUCGAAGAAGACUGAGUCAUCGUCAUUUUCUUCUUCACAGAGAAAGAGCCCGGACCUGUCGGAGGCAAUGGAAAUGAUGGAAUCCCAGACGUUGCUCCUGACCCUGCUGACUGUAAAGAUGGAGAACGGUCUCGCUCCGUUCGAACAAAAGGCAGAGAGGAACUUAUUAAUAAUGUGUAAAGAGAAGGAGAAGCUACAGAAGAAGGCCCACGAGCUGAAGCGCAAACAUCUCCUCACUCAGAGGAAGCGGGAACUAGCAGACGUCCUUGACGCUCAGAUCGAAAUGCUCAGCCCCUAUGAGGCUGUGGCUGAACGCUUUAAGGAGCAGUACAAGACAUUCGCCACGGCCCUGGACACCACAAGGCACGAGCUUCCCGUGAAAUCGGUCCACCUGGACGGGGACGGGCAGAGUUUCUUAGACAAUUUGCAGCGGGAGUUGAUGACCACAUGCCAUCUGCUGGAAGAACUGGGGAUCGGCAGUUUAGAAGAAAACGGGAAAGCUCUGGACCUGCUGAGCGAACUCAAGGAAACAACCCAAAAGAAGGAUCUGGAGCUCCGAAGGAGCUUCGCCCAGGUGCUGGAACUCUCUGCCGAGGCAAGUAAAGAGGCGGCCUUAAUCAACCAAGAGGUCUGGGAAGAAGCCCAGGGCCUGGAGGCCCCCAGCCGGUGGUACUUCAGUCAAGAGGGCGCCUGUGGGGAGGCCCCGGGAGAGGUCGGGACGCCACUCCUGUUGGGCGCCGCAAGUUCGGAGUUGGCCCUCCGGUGGAAGCUCUCCACCCAGUCCAGAGUCCCAGUGCUGUUGCUGGAGGCGCUGACAGGCUCUGGUCUACACCCCAUGCCGAGUUAUCUGGCCCCUGCGUCACACCUGGGAGGCCUCUUCCCCCCAUUACGGGACGAGGUGCCCUUUACGGACACUGAAUACGUCCUGGGCUUAGAGCUGGCCUUGCAACCCCAGUUCUUCUAG